UUUCAGCAGGCACCUCCUAGAUAUUGGUUCUUUCUUACUGGAGUGAAGGAGACAGGAACUAGGGGAGUGCAACAGCAAUUUGGAUUCACUCAGAUUCACUCAGCUCCAGCAGCACCCUCCUUACUUCCGCCUUGGUGACCGUCAACCUGCUGUAGAGGUUGCUUUAGAACGCAAGUUUUGCCUUUCGCCAUCCUUGGUGAUACCCUCGUGCAGUCGUCGCCAUGGCGUGCACUAGCGGGAUGUCGCUGAGAGCUAUGGAGAAGUCACUCAUUGCGUCUAACGGCUUCCUCCGCUCUUCAGGUACCGUCUCUCAUCGCCUUGUGACCCCAGCGCCGUUGCCGCGCCACCGGGUUUCUCGGCUUGUGACAGAGGCGAGGGUGCGCGAGAUUUUCAUGCCGGCUCUCAGCUCCACCAUGACGGAGGGGAAGAUCGUCGCAUGGUCCAAGAGCGAGGGCGAGACUGUGAGCAAGGGCGAGUCGGUGGUGGUGGUGGAGUCGGACAAGGCGGACAUGGACGUGGAGACGUUCUACGACGGCAUCAUCGCCACCAUUCUCGUGGGGGAAGGCGAGGUGGCCCCUGUGGGUGCAGCCAUCGCCAUCCUGGCUGAGAGCGAGGACGACCUGGAAGACGCCAAGAAGAAGGCCGCCAAGCUCGCUGGUUCUGACGGCGCUGCUGCUGCUGCUCCCGCUGCUCCUGAGCCCGCUGCUCCUGCCCUGCUGCCGCUGCCCCUCCUCCCCCGCCCCCUGCGCCCGCGGCGCCUGCUACCCCUGGGAAGGUUGUUGCGACUCCUGAGGCGAAGAAGCUGGCAAAGAAACACAAGGUUGAUCUCGCCAAGAUUGCCGGCUCAGGUCCCUAUGGCCGGGUCACCCCCGAAGACGUCAAGAAGGCAGCCGGCAUCGGCAACCACCCCUGCCCCCACCAUCGCCCCACCUGCUGCUGCUGCCGCCCCUGCCCCUGCUGCUCGUGCUGCUGCUCCUGCAGCAGCAGCAGCGGUGCCGCUGCCAGCGGGGGCGUCGGUGGUGGCGUUCACAGCCAUGCAGGGGGCAGUGGCGCGCAACAUGGAGGCCACGCUCGCCGUGCCCACCUUCCGCGUUGGCUACACGGUUACCACUGACGCCCUUGACGCUCUCUACAAGAGGGCCACGCUCGCCGUGCCCACCUUCCGCGUUGGCUACACGGUUACCACUGACGCCCUUGACGCUCUCUACAAGAGGGUGAAGGGUAAGGGAGUGACGAUGACUGCUCUGCUCGCCAAGGCAGUGGGCUUGGCGCUGGCGAGGCACCCCAUAGUGAACGCGGCGUGCAAGGACGGCAAGAGCUUCCAUUAUAACGCGAGUGUGAAUGUGGCGGUGGCUGUUGCCAUGGACGGCGGGCUCAUCACCCCGGUGCUGAAGAACGCUGACCAGACUGACCUGUUCACGAUGUCGGGGCAAUGGAAGGAGCUGGUGGGCAAGGCGAGGAGAAAGGCACUGAGCCCCAGCGACUACACUGGAGGAACCUUCACCCUUUCCAAUCUGGGCAUGUUUGGAGUGGACCGGUUUGAUGCCAUCCUACCCAUCGGCCAGUGUCUCUUGCACAAAUUUUCCACAACAACCAUUGAUAUGGGUGCGCUCGCGGGUGCGAUCAUGGCCGUCGGAUCGUCCAUCCCAACGAUGGUGGCAGCAGAGGACGGCAGCUUCGGCAUCAAGAGGCAGAUGCAGAUCAAUGUCACGGCAGACCACCGCAUCAUCUAUGGCGCUGACCUGGCAGAGUUCCUCCAAACUUUUGCUAAGAUUGUGGAGGAUCCUGAGCAGCUUACCCUGUAGUGAGGAAGACAGUUUAGACGAGUGUUAUUCCUAUUUUCUUGAAUGUGGUAGCAAUUAGGGAGAGAUAAUCUUGUACCGUAUGCGAGGGAACACCAGCAGCAUGCCAGGACUAAUUCUGGCAAUUUUGAAGCUGAUGAUGAUGACACCAUGACCAUAUGCUAGCAGCCAAGAUCACAUUUCUAUCUAGCCACUAGGUUGAGUCUUGUACAUCACUAUUUGUUGCCG